CCGGGCCGCGGCGUUGUACAAAACGACCGACCUGCCGGGCCAGGCUGUUUUGCCGGCUGUGUCUUCGAGCCAACCAUGUGCCGUCGCCUCGGCUUCGCGCUGCUCGUCGGCGUCCUCGCCGCCGCCCUGGUCCUCCCCCCGGCGGCCAGCGCCCAAGAUGAGUCGUCGUCCGGGUGGAACCCCUUCUCCUUCCUGAGGUCCUCCUUCUCGUCGCUGCGGUCGACGGCCGCGCGCAGCUUCGACGCCGUCAAGAACACGACUCUGAGCGUGGCCCACAAAGUGGUCAGGUUCGCCGUGGUGCGUUCCACGGAGGACGAGAUCUGCUACAGGAUCAUCGGCUGCUUCAACCUCAAGGCGCCGUGGUUCACACUGUCGCGACCCCUGCCCGCCCCCAAGAGCCCCGACAGCAUCAACGUCGAAUUCUUCCUGUACACCAGGGAGUCGGCGAGCCGCUUCACCAUCCCGUCGGACGUUGAGCUGUCGCUGCAAGGCAGCACCUUCGACGGCGCCAAGAGGACCUUCUUCCUCGUCCACGGCUUCCUCAACAGCGGCAACGACGAGUGGAUGGCCAAGCUCAAGGACGCCAUCCUGGGACAGGUCGACGGCAACGUGUUCAUCGUCAACUGGGGCGGCGGUGCUAUCGACCCCAACUACCUGCAGGCGGCGUCCAACACCAGGGUGGUCGGCCGGGAGAUCGCUCGGCUGGGCAGGACGCUCAUCCAGCAGCACGGCGCCGCGGCCAAGGACAUGCACAUCAUCGGCCACAGCCUCGGCGCGCACAUCUCCGGCUACGCCGCGCGCAACAUCACCAACGUCGGCCGCGUCACCGGCAUGGACCCCGCUGGCCCGGGCUUCGAGGCGCUCUCCAGGACCGUGCGGCUCAACAAGAACUGCGCCACCUUCGUGGACGCGCUGCACACCAACGCCAGGCCGCUGACGCAGCUCGGCUUCGGCAUCAUGCAGACCGUCGCCCACGUGGACUUCUACCUGAACGGCGGCGAGUUCCAGCCCGGCUGUGCGACGCCCUCCGUCGAGAUGCCCUCCAGCCUGACGGACCUCAUCUCCCUGCCGGUGACGGCCCUGAACGAGCUCGUGAGCUGCUCGCACACGCGCUCCUACCACGUCUUCACCGAGGCCAUCGCCAACACGACGUGCCGCUUCUGGGGCCACAAGACGAGCGUGGCUCGCCAGCGGCUCAAGUGGCGCAAGUCCGUGGCGGCCGAGGUGCCCGUCAAGGAGGGGCCCUGCAGGAGCGGCAAGUGCGUGCCCAUCGGCCUGGACACCCCGGACUUCCCCGCCAGGGGCUCCUUCGCCGUCGUCACCGGCUCCGACAGCCCCUACUGCCUGCAGGAGCGCUCCAAAGACGGCCAGUCCCUGGAGCAGCUGAGGAUCUUGGGCUACGUCGACUAGGGACGCGCAUCGACAGCGAAGGCGUCCCAAUUAAAGUUUAUUUUAUUAAAAUGACUCGUUUUCUUUGGCAAAAUAAAUUACACCGCACUGUUCUA